CCCCACCUUCCAAUUUCAUCAACAAUUAAUAUAUCUCGAUCGAUCUCGCAUUUCAUUAUACUCUCUAGCUAGCUCAUCAAGAAAACGUACGUACAAUUAAGAAACCUUCAUAUAUAUAAAGCCACUUAGAAUUGAAAGAAAGAACAAAAAAUAUAUAUGGAGCAAAACCAGCCAAUGUUAGCGAAAAAAGUGUGGAGCAUGGUGCGGGUGGCGUACUUCAUGUUACGCAAAGGCAUAUCCAAGAGGAAGUUAUUACUUGACCUCAACAUGAUGGUCAAGCGUGGCAAAGUCGCCGGUAAUAAGGCCUUACAUAACCUUAAGUCGCACCACCACCACAAGGGCCCCUCCUCGCUACAUGAUGAUCAGUACUCCAACGUGGACCAACGUGACGACGACGACGACUACGAAAACGAGUUCAGCUGCACCAAUAGUCCUAGUAGUACUACUAUUAAGAAACAUGAAGAGGAGGAGGAGGAUGUUGACAUUCGGGAUGUGAACGCGGCGAUGUUGAAGGCCAUGAAGAUGAUUCAAAGUGAGACACCUUCAGGGUUUGGGAAGACUAUGGUUAGGCAACUGAGGGUGACCGACUCCCCGUUUCCAUCGAGCAGCAAUCAGCCGGAGGAUAGCCACGUGGUGGAUGAGGCAGCCGAGAAGUUUAUAAACCGGUUUUACAACAACCUAAGGCGACAGAACAGCAAUAACUAAUAAUGCUUCAUCAUCAUUGUUUGGUCGUUGAUCACGAUAAUGAAUUGUGUUAUUUCGGUUGUGGUUUAUAAUUAUUGUAUGUAAUCCCUUAUACAAACAGCGACAAUUAUUCGAGGAGUCUUCGAUUAAUUACAAGUGAAUUUCAGAUAUAUGGAGCUUGUAGAAGUUGUUUGUAUUCGAAUUCGAUUGUAGGGGUGUACAGUCCAAUUAAGCAGCUACUCGAAUCUACGAAUACAUAGUUAAUGUAAA